UUACUGGGUUUCCUUAACAUGCAUAAUUGAGUUUGAAAAAAGAGAAACGUAUCUCUUCCGGUUCUGACUUCCAACCAUAACUGUCCCCUGAAACAACCAACAAAAUCCCUGUUACUGAAACUUCAAAAAACCCUUUGUUUUGACAAUGGGACUCACAAGAGUUCUUCCUCUCGUGUCUAGAGUUUCUCCACUCUACUCUUCCGCUCUCUUUCACUUGCUUCCCAUUUCCAUGUCUCUGUCUUCUUCUCCCAUUGAUUCACCCUCUCUUCCAGCCUUUCGUCCACUCGUCACCAUUUCCACCGUCGUCUCAGCUUCCUCCCAACCCCAAGAUGCGUCGACACCUUCGUACUCAAAGAUGAGUCAGACUCGGUGGAAGCCCAUGUGUUUGUACUACACACAAGGAAAGUGCACUAUGUUGGAUGAUCCUAUGCAUAUGGAGAAGUUCAACCACGACUGCUCUUGGGAUCUUCAAGUUGAUGUUUCCAACUUAAAUAAAAUGUGUCCUCAGAAUUCAGAUUUCUUCCUUGUGCUGGAUUUGGAGGGUAAGGUUGAAAUUCUUGAGUUCCCUGUUGUGAUGAUUGAUGCCAAAACCAUGGAAGUGGUUGACUUUUUCCACAGGUUUGUGAGACCCGCAUUAAUGGGUGAACAAAGGAUAAAUGAGUACAUUGAAGGCAAAUAUGGAAAAUUUGGAGCCGAUGGUGUCUGGCAUGAUACAGCUAUACUAUUCACAGAUGUUAUUGAACAAUUUGAGGCUUGGUUGACUCAUCAUCAAUUGUGGGAAAAGCAUUCGGGUGGUUCUCUUAACAGAGCUGCAUUUGUAACAUGUGGAAACUGGGAUUUAAAGACAAAGGUCCCUCAGCAAUGCAAAGCAUCAAUGUUGAAGCUUCCCUCAUAUUUUAUGGAGUGGAUCAAUCUCAAAGAUGUGUAUCUUAAUUUCUACAAGAGAAGGGCCACAGGAAUGAUGACAAUGAUGAAAGAACUCUGUAUCCCCUCGUUAGGAAGUCACCAUCUCGGCUUUGAUGACACGAAGAACAUUACGAGAGUAUUACAACGCAUGCUCGCCGAUGGUGCACUAAUAUCAAUUACUGCCAGGAGGAAGCCUGAUCAUCAUGAUGAAGUUGAAUUUCUAUUCAAAAAUAGAAUAAGUUGCAAAAUUGCUCUUUCGCAACCCAUGAAGGUCUACAGUUCGAUUCAACUUUGAUAGUAACCAAGGCAAAGCUCUACAAUGAAAAUGAUCCUCCCCUACACACAGGGCAUGGUCCUUAAAACCUACUCACCAAUCCCACCUUAUGAUAUUAUAUAUAAUAAAUUUAGAAAUUUAUCAUGUUUGUGUAAAAAUUGAACCAAUUAAAACAUUAUAUAUAAUUCUAAUUGUAUUGUGCUA